AGGGUUUGUUAUUUUAGUUCGGUAUCAAUGGGUGUCUUGCUUACAGGGUAAACAUACAGUCAGAUGAGCUGUUGUUUACUAUGCCCAUUCAAUGAAUGAACCAAAAAUGGUGAAGCAACUAUCUCCCUCAGAACUUUCCACAUUAUGGCUGCUACAUGAUCGUCACACUACUAGGCAUGCAGUUGAAAAGGCAAUCGAAUUAGGAUUACCGCUAUGGCCAGAAGCCGUGCAUCUGGCGCGUGCAUGCCACAGAUCGAAUAUGGAUCUGGCAGGAGGUGCCUAUUACGUGGUAGGGUCAGAUUUUGUGGACAAUGAAGAUAGUUCACAAUAUGAUUAUCACGAGCUGGGUCGCUAUCCGGACGCUUACGUGAGCAAAUCCGCUAGGCUGACAUCGGAGCAAAUUCGAAGUGGGAACGGCUCACGAAGUGCUAGAGAUCUCAACACAUUCAACUUACUGUAUCCUGCUUCGCGCGAUAAGCUUCUAGGACCAUUAUCUCGUGGUACUGAUGCUAGAGAACGAUUUGAAGAUGACAAAAACAAGCACAUUCAGCUACUUCUUGGUGGUGUCAGUACGACUGAGCUCGAAAAUUUUCAAUCAGAGCGCGCUUCUUUGGAGAUCUGUGAGAUCUCUGAUGAUGAAACGGUCAGCGACAGGAGUUCUCUGGACCCUUGUAAAACUCCUGAGAGCGAAGAAGCAGACGCUCCCAGCGCAUCAUGCAAUGCUCAAGAAAGCACAGAUGCUGCCAUUCCAGUUCUUGACAACAAGAAAAGUGAGGAAGAGACGUGCCUGCCAUCUUCCAAACCAUCGGAGAAAUCCAAGCCUAAAGAUAUCAGCAAGGAGGAAAAAAUUCGUCGUGAUAUCGCAUCUUUCGAAGCUCAAUUGGCAAGCUGUUGCGAAGUGCCAUCAACAACAACUAUCAGAAGUUUUGCACCACUCAUGGGUCGAGAAGAGUUUGAGCGACGUUUAAGAGCUGAAUUUGAGGCAAAAAAGGAACAAGAAAGGUCUUCUCAAAAUACUUCCUCACAGUGUGGAGAUUCUGAGGUGGAAAAUCUACAAACUUCGGGUACAGAAAUUGACGAGGCAGUUUCGCAGCUAGCCCCCGACAGCGAAAUGAAUGAGGUGAUCAGCAAGUUGAUGAAAGAAGAUGUUGCUGCCGAAUUUACUGACGCGCGAACAACAACAAAAUUCAAGCGGCACUAUGUUGAACCUUUUGAUGGUGAUAGCGUAGCUGGAUCGGAACUCUCGGAUACCAAUAUCGAUGUCAAUAUACUGUACGAAAUCAGUGAAUUGCGAAGAGAAGAGGGUGCAUCAAGUCCUAGCAACUACAGUAUAGACAGUGAUGAGAUGACUCCGCCAGAUGUAUGCAUUUGGCAUCCGCAGUCGUGGACGUAUAACAUCGACUUGAUUACAUAUUUUCGCGCAACUUCACCUUUCCAGGAAGUCUCUAGAGUUGUCUUUCCUAGGGAGCACGUUGCGUUGACUGUACAAGCACCAAAGUUUGAAGAAGUGAACAAAGAUUUUGAAUUUGCACGGAAGUUUCCCCAUUGCGCUGCAUUCACGAGAAGGAAGGGAGCUCGAUACGUACAGAAUUCGCUCACCGUUCCAGCGACAAGAACUGAAAAUAUAAAUUCGAAUAUGAAUAUUGUGGCCGAUAUUUUGGAGGAUGAGGAUGGAGUCAUCUGUGAUUUAGUUAUGGAGGAUGAAGACAGCAUUACACUAACGUGCCGAGAAACUGUAACCAGGUAUACUUUCGCGGAUUGCGCUUUCACAGAUCAAAACUGGGAGCAUGGAUUUUGCCUUGUAGAGCAUGUAGGUAGCCAACGGCUGCGUGUAUUUUUGGAGACAAAAGCUGCAAAGGUUGAGAAUUGCUUUCUGGACUGCAAUGUGCCGAACAACAAGCUAGAAAAUUUUAACUGUUCGGAGGUGCGAGAAGAUCGUUGCAGCUAUACUACAAGUUUAAAAACUAAAGCGUCGACUGUAGAAAAUUGCGCAGUUCAAUGCGAAGCUGUAGAUGUAAAGAUCGUAACCGAAAGUUGUCAUUUGAAGCUCGCCGAUCGAGUCGUUGAAAACAUCGCUUUGUCUGUGAAAGCUCCAACACAUACUGCAAUUGUUAAAGAAGUAUCCCUUGAAAGUGACCCAUUGUGCGAAAGUAGCUUGACCAGUGUGCGCGAUUGCUUGCAAGAAGUAGCUUCAAUCUCUUGCAGAGAACCCGAAAAUCGUAGACUUGAUGUUCCUUGGGAAGUCGCCAAAAACAAGUACUCCACUGCCACGAGUGAAACGAUAUUGCCUGCCGUAUCUUCCGAGAGAGUAGCACUUACUUCGUCGGUGCCCAGCUUGCGUGAAGUCAAACAAUAUUUCAAGUUCUUUGUAGACGAAGUAGGAAAUAGUACAAAAUCAACAUGGAUAGAUAAGAACUUACGCACUGCAAGAUAUCAUUGCAGAGCCCAUAGUGCUCAUGAAACACGACGAAGCCGUGCCAAUGCGACUACGACCAGAAAACGAGCUGAUAGCUUACAUGAAGUGUUGCGGCUUCUCGAAAGUGGAGCUAUGCCUAGUCAGUACAUCGAAGCAUCACCACCUCGUCCUCUUUUGUCAAGAAUAUCAACGACGGCUACACAAUUUCAAGGCUUGAGGGAAUUGAAGGGUUCUGAGACAUGGGAGGCUGCUGCAUUGCAGCAGAGUGAUGUAUCAGACAGUACGAAAGUGGCAAGUGAUCUCAACACUCAACUUGAAGUCCCAACCAUUCCCCGCUCCGAAUGCAGUGGUCUAUCAGAUUCGCCCGACCGUCUUGUUAUCUGUGACGAUGAGGAUCUCGUUGUGAAAGAGCCGCUUGGGAUUGUUGAGGACGUGCAUGUGCCUUCAAGUGCAGCUGACAUUUUGCCAGAAUCUUUGGUACCGCUUCCAGAAACUACUUCGGUACCGCUCGUAGAAACAACUUUGGUACCUCCGCUUGUAGAAACAACUUUGGCACCGCUCCUUGCAGAAGCGGAGUCGCGUCCUGAAACUGUUCCGGAACCGGUGAAGAGGUCAAUCAGGAAGAAGAGUGUUACAUCAUCUGCAACAGUGACUACAAGAAAAAGAUCAGUGAAGGAGCAGAACGCAGAAGUUGUGCAUACGACACCGGAAAGGGGCAGAAAACUUGAGCAUUUGGUCAAAUCCGAGAAGAGAGUGUCGGAGAUACACAAGAAGCCUGCGACUUCCGCACCCAAGCCAGUAAGGAGAAACAAAUCGGUCAUUCACGAGAGCAGUAGUUUGGCCUUGGAAAAACCGUCUACCAGCUUGGAUGCCACACCUACGUCUGUCAGAAAAGCCUCACAAGCUCGGCAUGCUAAAGUUAAGGAGGUAAAGCUACAUAAGUUGGAAAUCGCUCCCACCACAAUGUCUUUGCCAUGCACAUCAUCAUCAGCAGAGUUGUCAACAUCGAAGCCAAAGACUACCAAGAAACGAAGCCCGAUAAUAAAGUCGCAGAAGAGUGUGUUUACUACUGUGCUCAGCACGCCUACAAGAAAACUUGGUGUUGAAAUUCGAUUCCCGCUCAAGAUUGCCGAGAAGGUUUCGUUUGCGUGCUGUGCACCUCUAUUACGAGAUCCAAGAAGGUUAGAACUGUUCACCGACACUGGAUUGGAUUUACUUGCUGAGGUUGCAGUAUCUGCAGCUUCACCUUUGUCGCUGAAGAAUCUUGAAGUGAGCCACAAGGAACCUCAGAGCACCCUGGAGCUGCAGAAGGAACAGCGAAAGGAAAGAGUAGUACCUGAAAUUAUUCCUUUCGAGUUUGAGACACCUUUGGAGCCAGAAGCUAUUGAAGAAGAGUUCAUAAUAUAUGAUGAAGUUCAACCGGAUGGAAGUAGCUUACUACCUGAAAAGAAUUUGACAGUUGGUAAAGGUCGUAAGUCUGCGCGUACACCUUCCACAGACGCUACUCGCACAGAAAGAAAGCGAAAGAUAAAUGCAGUCCCAGACAUUGAGCCGGCGGAAACCCCGAAACGAAGAAGGACGAGGCCAGUCGUUGAACGGGCUCAUACCUCUCCGGUGAUAAAAGGUGGAGCCAAAACUGCAGCAUCUCGCACUAGAGGAAAGCGAAAACCAGCAACUCCUGUGGAGGAUUUGAAUGAUCUCGUUAUAAGCGUAGAGGAGCCUCCAAGACCUUUGGAGAUAAGGGAAGUGCAUGAGGAUGUGCAGCCAAGAAAGUCUAAGCGAAGAAAGACUGGCGAGCCAGUUACCUCCCAAUUGGCUGCUGUCGAUGUUGAGAAAACCACGCUCAGACGCAGGAGAACGAUUGCAGCCGAAAAGCCGAGUUCGAGGAAAGGUCGAGCGAGCGACACAUCAGUUGUUCUGAAGAAUAUAUUAGAUGUGACGUCUACGCUAAAGAGAUCUACACUUGCAGCAAGCUCAAACUCUGGAACUUCAACAUCACUACCUCAGUCAGAGCCAAGACUCCUUAAUACGGCCAAGUCCCCAUCUGCCGAAGCUCCAAGUGGAGAAGGCGAUAUCAUCUUUGUCAAAAGUGGCCUAUCUCGUCGACGUAGCAGAUCGCCUACUCCUCCUAUACUAGUAGUCGAUGAUGAAAUUACUGCAAGUUUUGUGCCUAUCAAACUGGAUAAUAAUCGAAGUGCAGAAACAACACUUCCAGAUUGUAAUCGAGAAGAUGUGAGCUCUAGAUUUUCUUCAUCGGACAUUGCUGAGAUGCUCGAUGCUUUAGCGCUUGAUAUUAUCAUCGGAGAGGCAUCUGCACUGUCCGCCGUGAAUCUGGCAACAUUCGCUCAGUUCGUGCUGAAUCUCUUCGAUCCUGUUAUGCCCUAUUUCGCACCACUAGAGGAUAUCGAACCGUCUACACUGCCAGCAAAUUUUACCACCAUUUUCGAACUGGCCACACCUCUGCAAUAUCGACAUCGUCUGGACUACAACUCUUUCAACUCGAUGCUGCUCAAUCGACUUCCUGAAAAUGGUUUACUUGCCUUGACGCUGGACUCACAUCAUGUAAGUAUGUUGAAAAUCACUAAGUUUGUGGAUACGGUAAAAGAAGCGGUUGUUGAAAUUUGUGAGGAACUGAGAAAUCGAAGAACUUUGUCAAAGGCUGAGAUCAAGAAGGAAAUUGACCUUUCGGGUGAAGUGCAAGUAAUAAUUACAUCUCGUUAUGUGGAAACAAUGAUGAAAAUGGCAGAUGUUUGCGGUCAGGCUCGCGAUGUGCCCCUCCCCGUGAUUGCCGAUCGUUUUCAUCUGCUCUUGUGUGGAUGGCAAUGUUUUUUGCAACAAGGAGGAGUACUGCGAGUGCGCCUCCAGCUAUGUCCAGGACGAUCUCAUCCUGCUAUAGUGGAUAUUACCACAGCUUGGUUGGAUAAGAUUGAUACCAUACUGUCGCGCGCUCAAGCAACGAAAUCUAUGAGGACAUCAGCUUUCGCUGUUUCGCUCGCUCAAGAAAAGACGAUUGUGAGCAAAGUCUGGCACCAGAUGGCUUCACAUACUAGCGCUUCCUGUGAAGACGGAUCAUUUAUAUACUGCGAAGAAUGUAAAUUAUAUUUCCGCAACGAAGAUACGGAUUUCAUUCAUAAAAGAGUGUUUCACCAAAAGUCAAGAGAGUGUGAAGAAUGUUAUGACAUGUUCCAUACACUGCUCGGAUUGGAUCUUCACAUGGUUGGUAGCCAUAAACGUAACUUCGCAGCGGAUUUGUGAUUUAACCUACUUUGAUUAGUUAUUGUUGUACAUACGUUGUCCUGAUGAUCUUACAAAGUUGCUCCUCAUUUCACAAAUAUCUGCUCAGCAAUGAACUUGUCGGUUUAAUUAUCUUUUCCUAGCAUGCAAGAAUUUCUUUUCUUACAUUUUGUACGGAUCAGAUUUUAGAGGUGAUACUGUUGAAUCUCAGGCAUUUGUUUACUCUGUGUUUUUUACAGCAUUACAAUGAUUCCAUUGUUUUUCUGUCUUUUAUCGGAAGUUUCCAUUGUUGUAUACAUGUAGGCCUUCUCGGCAUGUAUAGUCGAUUCGUUGACCGCACGGACCGGACAUCACUGCGGAGCACGCGCCGCGAGGUACAACGCUUGGCCUAGUACAAAUUCGCCAUUGUACAG